AUGGUAGAGAAAGUUACAGUGAGACAGAGAGACAAAAGGGACCUGGUCGAAGUAGUGGGAGUCAUUAGUAGCAAUAGCGUAGCAAAGCGGAGAGCACGACUUUUCGUUAGCCGCACGUUUAACCCACGCGUGACUGCUGGUUUUACUCCUGAAACGAAGAAGAGUACACGUAAUAAAUUAGUUCCAAAGUAUUUGGAAUAAAGAGAAAUAGAAAAAAGGUGACGCUGGGGGGCAGUGCUCUGCAAAGUGUAUAUAGCCACGGUCCCGAUGACGCGCUCAUGAGGAACUCGGAGAUUCUCCCUUUUGCCGUUUCUCCGUUAUAAAAACGAAUAAGUGUUAAAUAACAAGUGCUCCACGAGAAGAAUAAAGUCAACAAGAUGAAGUCAUACGAGGCAGCGAUUUCCCAUUUGCGCCAAGUGAUGGAACGAACGUACGCCGUACAAAUGAACGAGCUCCGGUCGUGCCUACGUGUAAACACUAACGGCGAUUACUACUUCAGUGUAAAGAGACAAAAUAUUGAAAACAUGGCAAAUAUACAUAUAUGUCAAGAAGAACCUCAAAAUUUAUGGGCACCCUUAGGGAUGGGAGGUACACCCAGUGGUUUUCCAAUGGGGCAUCACCAGCUAGCAAGACAACAUCAUGAAUGGCACUGCCCGCUUUACUCACAACCUUAUGGCCCAUUCAUGACGGAGCUUCAUGGACAACAAACACCCACUUGUGUCAAUUGUAACAAGGGACAUAUAUUCACACCAUCAGCAACCGCUACUCAAACACGUGACGAAAAUGCACCCAAUUUAGCAUGUUUCGCCUCGGGGGGCGACUUGAAUAAUGUCACACAUAACCAACACACGCUUGGAGGACCAUUUCGAGGAUCAACAAGUGCAUUUAAAACCUACUUGGCUGGCGAUGUUGGCAAUGGUAGCAAUCACAACAUUGGAGAAGCAGCUUCACUUGCACAGGGUAACAGUGGCGAUGUUUGUGGCAAUUAUAACUAUAACGGGCAAACUUUGCCCCCAGGAGGCGAGGGUAUCAGCAGCAAUAACAAUAGUGGUGUUGAGACAAAUUUACUUCCAGGAGCUGAUGGACUCGACGGCAGUAGCAAUAAUCAUGACGAGAAAAAUUUACCCUCUGGAAAUGAGGGUAUCAGCGACAAUAGUAACAAUUGUAUCGAGACAAAUGUACUCCCAGUAAGUGGGGAUAUCGACAGUAGUAGCAAUAAGUAUGACGAGAAAAACUUACUCCCAGGAGGUGAGGGUUCCGGUGACAGUGGCAACAACUUUAACGGGCAAUAUUUACUCCCAGAAAAUGAGGAUGCCAAUAACAGUGGCAACGACAACAGUGAGGAUAAUUUAAUCUUAGAAGAUGAGGAUACUCGUGCUAGUGGUAACAACUUCGACGAGAAAAAUUUACUCCUAGAAAGUAGGGAUACAAGCAACAGCAGUAAUAAUAUCGGGGAUGAACCUUUACUUUUUGAAAGUAACAGCAGUAGUGAUGGAAACGGUGACGAUGGCAGAAUCAGUGCCAACGACAACACAAGAGAAGCACCUGCACUGAACCAAGAAAAUAAUGCCAAUUAUGGAGGUGGUGACAGUAAUGACAAUUACAACUUUGGACAGAAGCCUUUGCCCUCAGAGAAAGACGAUUUUUGUCUCAGGGAUGACUUUAACAUUGGAAAGGCACUUUUACUUCUUGACACUAGCGGUGACAUGGAAGGUGGUGGAGUCAAUGGUUUCGGUAACUACGACAUUGGUAAGUCACCUUUACUAUCAAGAAAUGUCGGGGAUGGGGGCCUCAUCGGUGAUGACUACAACAUGGAAGAUCUAUCAUCACAAUCGGGUGAUAACCGUAACGUCAACGGUGGUGCUGAUUGUGCGGGUGGCAACUACAACGUUGGACAAGCUUUUCUAUUUGCAGGAGAUGGUAACGGAGGUAGCGGUGAUUGUGGUGUUGGUGGCGGUGUUUACUAUACUGGAGCGGAGCCUUUAAUCUCCAAAAGUAAUACGAAUGAAAACGACAACAAAGAAGCGCCAUCUCUACUUCCAUAUGACUAUUUCGAUGUAGAUCGUUACUACGAUCCUUUUAAAACACCGGAAAAGGUAGAGCCCAAUGACACCCAAGACUCUAACAUACGGCAACUAAAGGAGCUGGAUCUUGAAGAGCAGGAGAUAUUGAAAUCCGAUGCCACAGAAAUAGCAGUGGAAAAGAUUAAGUACGAGAGUGCAAUCGAGCUUCAAGACUUGUCCGAAAAACAGUUUAGAAAAUUGGCUGCCAAAAGAAGGCAGCGUCUGGAUAAAGUGAGGCCCAAAUUUCUGAAAAACGGGCCCCACAAAGUUUACCAGUCGUACGAGAUCGACGCCAUAAGCAGACACUCUAUUCUAUCGUUUAGAAUGAACGAUUACAAAAAAACGUGUUACAGCGGCAAAGACGCUCCCAAGAUUAACAAAAGGUCUUUCAAGUCGUGCGAAAAGAAGGCCAGGAAGAUCCUCACGCACCCACCCAUUGACGAAGUGGUCGAGUACUUGGUCGAGCUCGCCAAUCAGCCAGACGCGAUCAUCAAAAAUUAUUCUGCCCAGGAAGCGCUCGAAUUGAUAACCCACGCGAGAAAUCAAAGGAAACAUAAACCAUCGACAAAACGACGCGUUGUCUCCUAAUUUUUAUUAUUUUGCUUUUUUAAUCACCUGUAUGUCUUGCACAACAACAUUUGUACUUUUUAGCUAGUUCCGUCGUUACUAUACCACAAAUAUUGCUGUUUUAAUGUAUAGGAGCACCAUAUUUUACUUUGUACAUGCUUUUAACACUAUAAAUGCCCGUUUUUACCGUGACUGACUACGAAUACGUGGCUGUAGUCUGGCAAAAAAUGUAGCUUUUUUUAAUUUCAAUACUCUAGUAUUGAGAUCGUGGGGAAUCACAAACUACCAAUGAUUCCCUUAGAUUUUGAAAUGAGUUUAUGCAUGGAAACAAUUUGUUGUUGUUACUGUUACUCAUAAGUAAAGUUGAAGGAAAAUAUAAAUGUUUUUUAGAGACAGGUUGGUAGCCCUUGGACAAUAGACUUCUUUUGCUUUACUCGUUAUUUAUUCAUCACACACGUCCCCCAAUGUCUUCAAAUGUUUAUACGAAUAAACGAAUCAAAGAACAGA